AUGCACUUCUCUCCUCAGCCUGCCUGCAUUAACUUGGGGAUGAUGGGGGUGUGGGCACUGUGGCUGCUCCUUCUACUCUGCAAAUCCAGCCUGGCAGUUCUGCCUGCUAAGCCUGAAAACAUUUCGUGUGUCUUUUACUAUGAGGAAAAUUUUACUUGCACCUGGAGUCCAGAGAAAGAAGUCAGUUAUACAUGGUACAAAGUAAAGAGAACUUACUCUUAUGGAUACAAAAGUGAUAUUUGCCCAACUGAUAAUUCUACAAGGGGAAAUCAUGCUUCUUGCUCCUUUUUUCCUCCAACAAUAACAAACCCAGAUAAUUACACCAUUCAAGUGGAAGCUCAAAAUGCAGAUGGUAUAAUUAAUUCUGAUAUAACACAUUGGAACUUAGAUACCAUAAUGAAAAUUGAACCACCUGAGAUUUUCAGUGUGCAAUCAGUUUUGGGCAUCAAACGAAUGCUUCAAAUAAAAUGGAUAAGGCCUGUGUUGGCUCCUCUUUCAUCUACUUUAAAAUAUACUCUUCGAUUCAGAACAGUAAAUAGUGCCCGCUGGAUGGAAGUCAACUUCACCAAAGAAGAUAUCGAUAGAGAUGAGACCUACAACCUCACAGGGCUGCAGGCUUUUACGGAGUAUGUUGUAGCUCUGCGAUGUGCCCCAGCGGAGUCCAUGUUCUGGAGUGCUUGGAGCCAAGAGAAAGUGGGAACAACUGAGGAAGAAGCUCCCUAUGGCCUGGAUCUGUGGAGAGUCCUGAGACCAGCCAAGGUCAAUGGAAGAAGGCCAGUGCAGUUGAUGUGGAAGAAGGCAAGUGGAGCCCCGGUCCUGGAGAAGGCCCUUGGCUACAGGAUAUGGUACUUUCCAGAAAGCAACACUAAUCUCACAGAAACAGUGAACACCACUAACCAGACACAUGAACUGCAUCUGGGAGGCAAGACCCAUUGGGUGUAUGUGAUUUCUUAUAAUUCUCUUGGGGAAUCUCCGGUGGCCACGCUGAGGAUUCCGGCUGUUGAUGAAAAGUCAUUUCAGUGCAUUGAGGCCAUGCAGGCCUGCCUCACUCAGGACCAGCUGAUAGUGGAGUGGCAAAGCUCUGCUCCAGAUGUGGACACAUGGAUGGUUGAAUGGUUCCCCGAUUUGGACUCAGAGCCCUCCACUUUUUCCUGGGAAUCUGUGUCUCAGGCCAGGAACUGGACAAUCCAGAAAGAUGAAUUAAAACCCUUCCAGUGCUAUAACAUCUCUGUUUAUCCAGUGUUGGGAGACCGAGUGGGCCAGCCAUAUUCCAUUCAGGCUUAUGCUCAAGAAGGCAUUCCGUCAGUGGGUCCUGUGACUGAGGCAGACAACAUUGGUGUGAAGACAGUCACAAUCAUGUGGAAAGAGAUUCCCAAGAGUCAGAGAAAUGGCUUCAUCAGCAACUACACCAUAUAUUACCAAACCGAAGAUGGAAAGGAGUUCUCCAAGACAGUCAACCCCAAUAUCCUGCAGUAUGGCCUGGAGUCCCUGACACGAAAGACCUCUUAUACUCUUCAGGUCAUGGCCAGCACAAGUGCUGGGGGAACCAAUGGCACCAAGAUAAACUUCAAGACAUUAUCAAUUAGUGUCCCUGAGAUUUUCUUUAUAACUUCUUUGGUUGGAAGCGGCCUUCUCAUUCUCAUCAUGCUGACAGUGGCAUAUGGUCUCAAAAAACCCAACAAAUUGAAGCACUUAUGUUGGCCUGAUGUCCCCAACCCUGCUGAAAGCAGCAUAGCCACAUGGCGUGGAGAUGAUUUCAAGGAUAAGCUAAACCUGAAGGAGUUUGAUGAUCCUGUGAACACGGAAGGAGACAGGGUUCUAAAAUCAUACUCGGCCUCCAGUGAUUUUAUUGACAAGUUGGUGGUGAACUUUGAGAAUUUUUUGGAAGAGGUUUCCACAGAGGAAAUUGGAAAGGAUCAGGAAAGCAUUUUGAGAGAGGAGAAAAAUAAGUAUGUGACUUUUCCAUAUUGGCCUUAUCGUCCUCCCACAUCAACUGAGAUUCCACAGAGAAAACCCCAACAGCUGCGUUCUAGAAUACCAGAGGAGACCAGCUUAGAAACCAAAGAACAACUUCUCUCUUCUGUUCAGAGUUUAGGGCCAGAGAAUCUCUGCGAGGAAGGAGAACCAAAUCCAUACUUGAAAAAUUCGGUGACAACCAGAGAAUUUGUCACAUGCGAAAAACCUCAAGAUGAAGCCAAAAGAGAAGUUUAAUUGUUGCUGUGGCUUGAAUCCCUCUGGGUCUCAGUGUGGGUGAAUCCUGCAGAGAGCAUAUAUCAUGACUUGGCCAGAAGAGCUUUCCUGGGUGUCUCUCCCAACUUGCUUGUGUUAGAGAAACUCUCACAUCCCCCUGAGGGGCCUGUUGACCUUCAUUGACCCAGACGUGUAACUUGCCUGAGAAGGAGGGGUGGUCAU